AUGGGAGGGUUUUUAUCCGAGCGGUCGGGCAAUGCUUCGUUGCCGAGCGGCCCCGCGGCCAUAUUUCCAGGUUCUUCUGCCUGGGCCUCGGCUUCCUGCUCAUGCGAACGCUUGGCCCGUCCUUUCGCUUUUGGCUUGACUGCCUUGGCUUUGCCUUUGGCAGUAGCCCGAGUAGACUUUCCUCCAGAGGCUUCGCUGGGCACACAUCCUGAUGUGGAUGAGACCACUGGUCGGGCACCACCUAUCGAGAUCGAUGCAGAGAGAGAGGUGUUGGUGGGGCGAUUGAUGGAGCUGGAGUGUGGCAAGGCGUCUGCACCGUCCACCAUGGUGCCGCAUGACCAGGCUGGGGCUUGGUGUCAUCGACGUGCGCCCUCUGACCAAUCCCGACCCAAGAUUCUUGGAGAAGUACACGAGGAUCACGAUGCAGAUGAAGGUUGA